CUCAAGAAAUCAUUAAGACAAGCCCCAUCCACAUUACUGUCAAAUCAGUAACAAGUUUGCCGUAGCUUAAAACGUAAAGUGCUGUCGUUGUCGUAAAGUACUGGCAACACAUCUUAACAAACAACAGAACCAACAGCACGGAGUCAAAGUCGAAAUCCAUUCAUAACGGAGACAUCUACUUUUUCUGAACCAAUGGCAGCAUCCUCCUCUUCCUCCUCUGCGGGAGGUGUCAGUGGGAGCUCGGUGACCGGCUCUGGGUUCAGUGCUUCAGAGCUCAUCCCUCCAAGGAAAGUCCUGUACACAUAUCCUAAAGGUGCAGGGGAAAUGAUGGAAGAUGGCUCCGACAGAUUUUUAUGCGAGUCAGUAUUCAGCUACCAAGUCGCCUCCACACUUAAACAGGUCAAACGUGAUCAACAAAUGUCUCGACUAGAGAAACUCGCAAGCUUGGUGGAAGAGCUGGAAGCAGAUGAGUGGCGGUACAAACCAAUUGAACAGCUAUUGGGAUUCACACCAUCUUAAAUGAAGACACCCAGAUGCCUUUAUUAAUAAAUAAGCCAAAUAAAAAGAGAUGGCUUAUUUCAGUUCAUAAAUUAUAUUCAUUCUUAAUGUUUCUAUUUCAUAUUAUAAGUGUGGAAUAUUAUCUGGAGAUACUGAGUGGGAGUUUUAUUAUUUAACUUUACCUAUUGUAUGAGUUUUAUGUUACAUUUUACCCAUACUCUAAGAAACCGCUGUUAUUAAAAAUCCCCUCAUUAUAUUUUUUACUGACAAAACAAUACAAAAUGUUUUUGAUAGAUUUUUUUUAAGGUUAGUUAAGAUGUUUUGGCAAUCCAAUUCACUUUCAGCCUCUGUGUUACAAAAGUUAUUAUUUCCACAUGGCUGCACUGUAGCUCAUAAAUCUAAAACCAGCUGCCUGCUCUCUCCUCACUGCUGCUUGUUCCAACAGCACUUGCAGCAAAACAAAGAGGGCUUGUAAAUAAAGUCAUACUUGGAUA